AUGCCGACCGCAUCCGUGGAUUCUAGCGGAACGGAACUCUUUUUUACGGACACUGGCCCAGUGCGGGGCGCCCACAAUUACACAACCUUGGUCAUCGUUCACGGAAUCGCUUUCACAGGAGAGACCUUUCAUAGAUUACUCCCGUACGGCAAAAGGGACAAAGUUCGUGUGGUAGUGGUGAAUCGCCGGCAGUAUGACGGCUCCUCAAAGUAUAGCGAUGCAGAGUUACAAGCAAUAAACAGCGGACACGCGUCAGUCCUGAGAAAACUGGCCCUCGAAGUCGCGAACUUUCUCGUGUGGUUCGUCCGUACUCAAAACAUACCACUGCCGACCGAGAAUAAAAGGGCUGGAGGCAUUUGCUUGAUGGGCUGGUCCCUCGGCACUGUCAGCUGUCUCUCGCUACUGUCCCAUCCUGGGAUCGUACCAAAAAUCGUUCACUCCAAGUUACAAAACUACCUCAGGAAGAUCAUACUCUACGAUCCUCCCCAUUGCGCCUUCGGUUACGAAAAGCCGGAUCAAGCAUACGACCCGUUCCAAGAUGCAGGAUUCGCCGACAACAUGGGCGCAGCAUUCGACCACUUCUGCUACUGGGCCACUGCUUCCUUCGACCACCGCGGUCUUGCUACGCGGAGCACUUCCGACCUUGACUUC